AUGACUAUUCUCGACGAAGUUGACAUCAUUGUGUGCGGUGGUGGUAACGCAGGCUGCGUCCCAGCUGGCCGGCUCGCCAUCUUGGACCACAACAUUCAGGUGCUUAUCAUCGAGGCUGUCUUCCGUCCGGGGAUCUAUCUCCGUAACAUGAAGUUGGAUUCGAAAACAGCUUCAUUUUACAAUUCGCAUCCUUCCGAAUGGCUUGAUGGCCGACGUGCCAUUGUCCCAUGCGCCCAUAUUCUGGGCGGUGGCAGCUCUAUCAACUUUAUGAUGUACACUCGUGCCUCUGCCUCUGACUAUGAUGACUUCAAAGCCAAAGGCUGGACGACCAAAGAACUCAUCCCGUUCAUGAAGAAGCACGAAGCAUACCAGAGGGCUUGCAAUAAUAGAGGUCUUCAUGGCUUCAAAGGUCCAAUUAAGGUCUCCUUUGGAAACUACACCUAUCCCGUCAUGCAAGAUUUCCUUCGCGCCUCGGAGCCUUCGGGAAUUCCUGUCACGGACGACCUUCAGGACCUAGUUACUAGGCAUUUAGAGGAACACUGGUUGAAAUUGAUUAACCGAGACGCCGGCCGUCGGAGCGGUGCUGCACACGCAUAUAUCCACAGUACCAGAUCCAAAUGCGACAAUCUCCAUCUGAGGUGCAACACGAAGGUCGACAAAGUUAUUAUUGAGAAUGGCAGGGCUGUUGGCGUUGCGACUGUGCCUACCAUAUACCACUCGGACACUAACCCACCACGCAAGGUCUACCGCUCCCGUAAGCAGAUCAUUGUCAGCGGUGGCACUCUCAGCUCGUCUCUCGUCCUCCAGCAAUCCCGUAUUGGAUCACUACCUUACAUUCUCUGUCUACGGGCCAAUCCUGAUGUCGAGAGUUUUGAUGACUUUAUCCUUGGAGAUCCUGAUGUUCAGAAGAGGGUGUUUGAUAAAUGGAACUUGAAGGGCACUGGACCUCUAGCGACCAACGGCAUUGAUGCGGGAGUCAAGAUUCGACCAACUGAGGAGGAGCUUGCAGAGAUGAGAACUUGGCCCACUAAUUAA